AUGAAGAAGGUCCAUAACACGUGCCACAAGGGCAAAGGAAUGCCAAUUGUAUUUCAAGCAAUAAUGCCCGAAGGACUGGUUAGAGAUUAUAGAAGGCGAAGCAGCGCAGAAAACCAACAAGUUCUACCUGAAGACAACAAUUUCUGCAAGGAAAAUUCUACAGCUACAGACAUAGAAGGUUCUAGCAAUCUGUGUGACGAUAGGGCAGGAAACAAAAUUGUGGUCAGUCUUUUUACAAAAUUAACUAGGGGAAGGGCAACCUACUCCACCUUCUCCCUCAGAGCCAAUAUAAGUACAAAGAACAGAAAUGCACUCUUGUUUGAUAUGCAAAGACUUAAUCAAAUCUCUACUAAUGACAUAGUGGUCACAUUUUACAGCAAAAUAGAAGGGGACUUUAUAGGAGUCAAACCACAUUUUGUUAUAGAAACUUACUUACUGUCAAUAAGGCUGAGAAGAGUCCCAAUCAUAGACAAAGAUACAAUUUCAGAAGAAAUUAAAUGGGCUUUUGAUAGGGUGGGCACUAUCAUAAUAAUCAAACUCCUGCUAUAUAAGGGAACUCCAAUACAUUCAGACCAAUGGGUCAUAAUUUUUAAUAUAACAGAAGAUGUAAAGUUAGCUGAGCAAAUGCCAAGAUAUGUUAAUAUAAUGGAUCAGAAAUUCAAGAAACACAAGAAUAAGCAGUCUGGAAGGUAUGUGAAGCCAAAACCUGUUCGAGAAAUGGUAGAGGAGAAAACAGGAAACCCAUAUAUCAACAGAAGCCAAAAUGGUGAAUUACGUGAAGCUACAGAGAUAGAAUAG